GGAGCAGCUGGACGAAGAGGCCGGGAAAACGCCCUCGGACGCCCACAGCAAGGAUUGCUCCAUCUCCGCGGCUGGCAAACGGCCCUCGGCCAGGUUCCCCCAUCACAGGAGGAAGAAGAGGAAGGAGAUGGAGGACGGGCUUUCAGAAGGGGGACAGCAGAGACCUAACACUUACACCAUCAAGCUGUUUGACCGAAGCGUGGACCUGGCCCAGUUCAGUGAGAACACACCCCUGUACCCCAUCUGCCGAGCCUGGAUGAGAAACUGCCCCUCCAUCCGGGAGCCCGAGCGUUCUCCCAGUCCCCCCCCACCUCCCCGGCCGGAGGAUGAGGAGGGGACCGAGGUCAGCAAUGGGAAGAGCCGAGAUGUCUACAAGCUGCCACCCCCCACGGCCCCCUGCCCUCCUGGGGAAGCCCCCAGCCCCAGAAUCCCCUCCCCGCUUCGGCCAGAGGGCCAGGAGGCCUCUGAGGACCCACCCCCUGAGACAGCCCCAACCAUGUCCUCCCUUAUCUACCGCAACAUGGAGCGCUGGAAACGCAUCAGACAGAGGUGGAAGGAGGCCUCCCACCGGAACCAGCUUCGUUACUCUGAGAGCAUGAAGAUUCUCCGGGAGAUGUAUGAGCGCCAGUGACCCUUCCCUCGAUGGACCCCCCCCCCCCCAAUAAAAGUGCCCUCUUCCCUCA